CUGUGGCAUGACCUCGUCUGCCAAGCACGGCAGGUACCGUAGUGCAACGAGCGGUGCGAAGAGCCUGCCCUUGCGAUGCGGACUGCUUAUCUCGGGACGCUCGCUUCCUCCGAAAGUGCAUGGCUCUUCCAUACCGCGACGGUCUUCUGGGCAUGCUGAAGCACAGUUGCACGCUUCGCCGGCUUCUUAGGCGGGCGGAACGCGUAUAAAGCCGUCGCCGUCGCCCCGUCGCCGCGCCUGACCUGUGCGCAGGUCCCAGCACUAUCCGCCAUGCGGAUCCAGUGGCCCGUCAUCUUCUCCUUCCUGCAGCAGCAGAGCGCGCUGCUGCUGAACAGCCGACAGGGGUCGUUCAGCGUCGGCACGGUCGCGGUGCCCGUGCCCGGCCCAAACGAGGUGCUUAUCCGCGUCGAGGCGGUGGCAUUGAACCCGAUCGACUGGAAGAUCCAGGCGUACGGCAUGGUCGUGAAGACGUAUCCCGCCGUGCUGGGGAGCGAUAUCGCUGGGGUCGUCGAGCAGGUGGGCUUGAACGUCACGGCGUUCGGGCCCGGGGAUCGAGUGAUAACGCAGGGCGUUCUGGGUGUCAAUGAGCAUUCGGGGUUCCAGCAGUACUCGCUUGGGUAUGAUGAGCUCACUGCGCAGAUACCGGAUUGGAUGGCUUUCGAGGAGGCUGCUACGAUGCCUCUUGGCCUAGCAACAGCCUCGCUAGGCUUGUACAACGCAUACAACCCACAUACAAGUGCGGGGCUACUCCCCCCAUGGGAGCCUACAGGUCGGGGCCGCUACUCGGGCAAGCCCUUCGUCGCCCUCGGCGGAUCGUCCUCAGUCGGGCAUUAUGUCAUCCAACUGGCCAAGCUCUCCGGGUUCUCGCCCAUCAUCACCACCGCGUCGCUUUACAACGCCCCGUCUCUCCUCGCCCUCGGCGCGACACACGUGCUGGACCGCCACCUCGCGCCGGAAACGUUGCGUGCACAGAUCGGCAACAUCACCAGCGAAGCAAUCGAGACGAUCUUCGACGCAGUGUCGAUAUCGGAGACACAGAACCUCGCGUACGACCUGCUCGCACCGGGUGGAUCUCUCGUCCUGGUGCUGCAAGACAUCAUCGAGGAGAAGAGGAAGAGCGCGGACAGGCGCGUCGUCACCGUGGAUGGGAGGAUCCACUAUGCGCCUAGCCGCGCGAUGGGUGUUAGUUUGUACGCGGCGCUGAGUGACUUACUGGAGAACGGGGAGAUCCAGCCGAAUCGCGUCGAGGUACUACCGGGUGGCCUGGAAGGAGUUCCCGCAGGUCUGCAGAGAUUGCAAGCCGGAGUCAGCAACGUGAAGCUCGUCGCUCAGCCACAAGCUCGGGCCACAGUGGCAGGGCGCUGAUCGCGUGUGUGGCGAGGAUGGACGCGCUGUACGGAGUGUACGGUAUAUUGGAUUAGUUGUCUAAUAUGAUGAAGUACGUACCUGCAUCUGUAUAUGUGGUCGACGGCGAUCGAUGUUCCCUCGGAGAGGUUACGUGAGGCCACAGAAGGCCUUCCAUUUACGUCCUCCGCCUCGUGCCGCCUGCGCACUGUGCUGCUCGCUUCAAUGUCUCCUCCUUCCCGUCGCCCUCUGUCUUGCGAGCUCGAGUCUAGCCAUGUCGGAGCAGUUCUACUUCCUGACCCACACCCCGGAGCAGGCAGCCAAAUGGGACGACAUUGCGCGCACCGACCCCGAGCGCGUCUGCGAGACGCUCGACGUGGGCUUUGAG